GAGAGCAAAAUCCGUUCAAAACACACCCUCCGCUAUUCACCGCGAGUAAUUCGGCGAAAACGGCAGCCAGUUUCGCGAGUAACUCACAGUGAUAUCUUCGUUGGUAGUAACGUCUUUCAUUAAUUGAAGAGUUCUUUUGGAAAACAGUGAAACUCUUACAAACAGUUCAGUUUCGAAAUGCAUCCGAAUCGAUUGCGCCGAACUUUCAUCAAUUCCUUCUCUCGGCGAAGGAAGCACGUCGACGCAAACGAAAGUUCUAGGAAAAAUAUGAAAGAAUGGUAACGCAGCCGUGAAGCGGAGAAAGCCGAAGAAACAAUUUCAAACAAGCGCUUUCGCAACUUCCGUGCCGGAGCUGGUAGCUAUCGUAAAAUAUCGAACGGAGCGAACGACACGUUCGCGACGUUUAAAAUAAGAGUAACUGAAGAGGUUCUCAUUCGUGGCCGCGCGUGAAUUCGCAGUGGGAUGAAGGAUCCACGCGAGGAGCGAAGUAGAAUGCGUGAACGCAACGAUUCAAAGCCGGAUGAUUCCUGAUUUAAGUCGUGAAAAAAGGGACUUUCCCGCUGACAAGGCUCGUUCCCGCAGUUUAUUUCUACAGGCAGUGAAUUUACAUAAGGAUCAAUGUCACCAACGAUUCCGCCGGUCCUCGUACUGUCGCUCCUCCUUCUCCCGCUGGCGGCCGCGUCUGAAGAAGCGAUAGAUCUCGUUGCGCUGAUACGAGAGACGCUCAAAUAUUGGCGCAGAAUCUACAAAAUGUACCAGGAAGAGGUAGCUCUUGGCUAUUGCUGGGCAGAACAUUUUCUGCAUCUGGGGGAGACGGUGUGGAAUACACCAAUGUCACGAUCCGCGUUUCUGAGUCCCACAAAUUUUGAAUUUGGAAAGAAGAAAGACGUCGAAGAAAGCUGGUCGCCAUUUACGUCUCUGAAUCCUAUCAAUUUUGGAGUCGAGAUGAACGAAAAUACUAGAGAAAACUUCUAUCGCUCGAUACACGGUAAAGAACGCGUUCGUUUGGAGCGUUCGUACGGAAUAUUCAAUUCUACGGAAAAAUACGAGACCGGAACUGUUUCAGGAAAAAUGGUUAUGAAGAGGAACGAACUUUUAGAACGGACUUCAACGGCCACGAACACAAACCACAGGAACCCUUACGAUUUCACAUCCACGGAAAACAAGGACCUCGGGUUUAAUCGCUUCCGCGGAGAAACGAAUCACAAAUUUUCAAAUUUUUACGUCGCAAACUACUCCUGCUUCAACCAGUUCGCGAAAGAAAUUCCGAAGUCUCCUAAAAAGCACGCGGCAUCGGAUGAUAAGAAGAACUUUCCUGCUCGGAGGUUCCGGGCUCCUUGUGCGCGUUCAAAAGCUGGAUCUAGUUUCAAAUCUGUAAACCGAGAAGAAAAAACCCCUCGACUUCCAGCUGUCGACGUGAACCACUCCUCUGUCCUAACUUCGCUGACCAGUAGUCGAGGAAUCAGAGCUAUUUCUAAAAAAGAGAUUCAAAGAAAAAAUUCAGCUUCGAACCGCUGCAGAAAAAGCAAAACUAAAUACGAUUUAAAGUUGACGACGCCUGGGGGACGCGGUUCACGCACUUCUCGCGUAUUUAUGAAACAAGAUGGCGGCGGCGGAUCAUCGUUUUCAUUUGCAUUUUCGCAAAUCGGAUUCAACAAUGAUAGUUUACCGUCUCCGAAAGGCGCGGAGAUCGUCGAAACUCCGCUCGCUCUUGAAUUUAAAGGAAGUCGAGCAGAAGGCGAUCGUGAACUUAACAGAAAAUUGAAGGGCCCCGAAGUGGAUACGCGUCGUAAAGUUUUACGUCCGGGGAAAGAUCGUGGCGCUUCCGGUAGCUCAACGAGCAAUGCGUUCUCACGCUGGGGAGGCCAGGAAUCGCUGCUUCCUCCCCGGAGGGUCCUGUUCGUCGGUGAUUCGCGAUUUAAGGGCCGUAAUACGAUGAAAAAGUUCAAUGAUAAGAAGGGACGUGAGGAUUUUCGUCGCGGGAGGGCGUUCGACGAGUCGAAUCCCGAGUUUCGGCGGGCAGGGCGAGCAUGGAUGCUCGUAGGGACUCUCCGAAAGAAUUCCCGUCGCAAACGUAACACGAAGAAUCGGAUAAGGAAUCCAUUUGUCGAGCCCCCAUCAAGAAAUAAAAAAUCUUUCUAUACUCCGUUGACUUCCGGUCGAUUUCCGGGAUCUUUCUUGUCGUCGAAGAAGAAAGCACUGAAUGCAGGUGUUUGGAAAAAUAGAAAUAAUAAAGGAACACACUUUUGGGGAGAAAAUGGAAACUGGAAGCUGAGAGAUUCCAUUGGAAAAUUGUCAACUACUACAGAUAAUAAUAUGAAUCAAGUUUCGACAAAUUCUAAUACAGCCUUCUCCAAGUAUUCUACUAGAAUUCUUAAUAAUAAUAAAUAUCGGUUAUUUAGAUCUGGAGAUACUGAAAUGUCACCUGUUAAUCUUAAAAGAAUCUAUCUUUUUUCGUCGUUUAUCGAUUCUACAAGGCUUGGCCCAUCGAUCAACCAUUUGUUCUUGAAAGGAUCGAUAAAGAAGGAAAGAAACGAAGGAGAAAACAAUUGGGUAUUGGGGAGCAAUUUUAAACAAUUAUUGACCCCGACGGAUAAUCGAUAUCAAAUCGGUACAGGAGAAGAGGAAAGGGAGACUAUUAAGUAUCCCCUACGACGUCCCUUGUUACUUCCCUUCACCUACCAAGGAUUUAUGGGAGAUUAUGGGAGACCAACGAGUGGAAUAAGUCGAAAUUCGAUACCGAGUCGAUUGUCAAGAGCUAAGGAUCAAGGUCAGCGCUCCUCGAAUGCCGUCGUUAAAGCACGUGGACUUAGCACAAUGAUGAUGACAGUUUUCGAUUUUCACCUGGCGUUUAUGGCAGUAUUAAAAGUUAUGAAAUUUUUCAUUCGAGUUGGAAGGGAAACGAUAAACUAUGUGGAGUCCAAUAUGGCGCUGUCAUGCACUAAAGAUUAUUUAGUGGACAAGGCUAUUCAAUGGAUUGAUUCGUGAAAUAAAUGUAAUGAUUAGUAGA